AUGAGAGCUUCCAGCGUGCUCAAUUUCCAGCAUUCUGCCACUGCCAACUUGAGAAGACCAUGGCAGACAUUCAAGGACGGCCAGAUAUGGUAUGGUCUUACAACGAGAGGUUCCAAGAGACACCCCUUGACUUCAAAACAGGGAAACAAGCAUUAUUACAAAGGUACUGGUUCUUCUGGAUACGGAAAGUUGAAUAAGGCUGGUCAAUAUAUUGUCAACUGGUCCAAAGUCAGAACAUACGUGGUUCCAGCGGAUUUGCCCAACACGGAACUCAAGGCCUUAGUUGGUGGCUCUGUUCCGCAGAUAUACCAACGUCUCGAGGGUUACAGUGAUGGUUUCAAGAGUCCUGAACUACUUUGGGAAAACAUCAAAGACUUUGUCGAAUACGGGGAGAACUACAAUGACCAAGAUUUAGAGAAGAAUAACUACUUGGAAGAGUUUAUCCACCCAGAUGUUCUCAAAGCACAGGAGGAGGAGAAUGCUGUAAUCACAAAGGAUUAG